CAGUGUAACCACUAAAUUCUUACUUUGCACUCGCAUUCAUUCGACGCCUGAUUUUCAGGCGUUAUCAACCUUCUCCAAGAAAUUCCCGUUUCCUUUUAUGGGUUUAGUUGAGAGUGUGCUAAAGAAACCUACAGUCAAUAUGGAUAGCGUUGAAGCUCAAUUUGUGCGCGAUGCCAUUGCCAACAACAAGGUGACAAUUUUCAGCAAAACUUAUUGCCCUUACUGCACAAUGGCCAAGGAGCCGUUCCGCAAGCUGAAUGUUAACGCUUUGAUUAUUGAGCUGGAUAACCGUAAGGAUGGCAAUGAGAUUCAAUCUGUUUUGGGCGAAAUGACAGGCGCUCGCACAGUUCCCCGCGUCUUUAUAGAUGGGAAGUUCAUUGGCGGAGGCACAGAUAUUAAGCGCAUGUAUGAGCUGGGAACACUGCAAAAAUACUUUGAAUAAUUUUAAUAAUUACUAUUACUAGUUAAUUGUGGUGUAAUUUAAAAGAAAUUUGUUGUAAAAUAAAUUGUUUCUUUUUUCAAUA